AUGGACGGGUUUGAUGAAACAAAAAUGAAACAGCUGCAGCUGUUGAAGGAAAGAAUGAAGAUUGCCAAGGCGCAGAAAGUGGAAGAAGUGAAAAAUAAUGAAGACGUCUUCUCCCUCUCGCAUGACGUAAAAAAUGUAAGGUCAUUCGAAACACAAGAUAUCAGAUUUAAUAAAAUAGGAAAAAAAAUAUUCGAUGUUUUUACUCCUAAUAAGAAAGUCACACACAUUAAGGGGACGAAUAGUAGGUUCCCUUUUCAGCAAGCCAAAAGUGGAAAUACUAACUUCCCUUUUAAGACAAAAAAUGGGCUGAUCAAAUUGGCAAACGAGUCCAGUGCGUUUGAUACGCCACUAACAUUUGAAGAAGUGAUGCGAAGAAAAAAUGAGAAGAAAAAACGCGAACUGGAGAAAAGUGGGCAGAAUGGCAUGGUAGACGACAUACUGAAUAAUGUAAGGCAGUUUAAUGUUAGUGAAGAUAAAAACGAGUUGGGCCUCCCUCAGGGGAUGCAUGGCCCCUACGAGGAGGAUCAACCCGACCAGGUCAAUCAUGGUAGUCACGCUGGAAGCGCCGAUGCGUACGGUGACAUCUACAGUGGUAGCCCCCUGAGGCAACUACAAGAAACAAAUGACAUGAACAACUACAACGAUGCAGGUGGACUCCACCAAAGCAAACUGCACGACAAAGCCACGAACAACGAACAAGCUGUAAGUGGAUACGCUACCGAAAACAAUCAUCCAAUCAAUGGAAGCCUCUCUAAUAACACCAGUUCGUUUGGCAUGGAUGUCGUGAGGAAGAACCCGUCCCUUCCUCAUGGUAUGAAUUCUUUCAAUAAUUAUUUCUCCCACCAGGUGGGUAAAGGUCAGGACGAUGCACAAAACGGUGCAGAUUUGAACAGGACAUCCCCUGAAGGUGUUAACAAUGUGAACGCUCCUCUGAGCGAGAGCUUCCCAGGUACCUCCAGUGGAAGUGGAUUGGGCAGUCUGUUUGGCAGCAAUAGAAACCUAACCAAAUCUAGUGGUAGUAACAUUUUUGGGUGCAGUCUAUCCAAGUUAAAUCAGUCGUCCAUUUUUAACCAAACGGUUAGCAUGACGAGUUCAGAUCAAGGCCCAAGUGUCAGUAUACACAAGGGGGAUCAUGUCAAUCUGACUCCCUCUGCUAGUAGUGCAGGCAAGGGGGAUAUCGGCGGGGAGAGCACCCACAGAUUAUUUCAAGGAAGUGGAAAUAGCACUCUCGGAGCAAGUAACAUUUUCGGCACGCAUAAUGCGCCGGUUGGAAGUAGUCAGCAACCUGUUGCAAAUAGCUCUCUUCUCCCCCCAUCCCCGAACAAAAGUAUCGAAGCGAGUUCCCUAUUCUCCCGCAACGAUGCAAACAACAUGGGCAGUCUCUUUAACAACUCAUUCAGUGGUAAUAAUUUGAACAGCACACGGAACGCGCCAGAUGGGGCAGGCAAAAGUGGCCUCUUCAACAACACCAGUGAUAGCAGCGGGGGCAACAUUUUUGGGAAAUCGAAAAACAAUGUUAACCUGUUUAGUGGGAGUAUCUUCGGGAAGUCCAGCAGCGGCACCACCAACUUGUUUGGAACUGCACCUAGCGAGAAGAACCCAUUUGGGAGCGCCGCUAAGGAGCAGAACCCACUUGGUAACGCUGCUAAGGAGCAGAAUCUACAUGCGGAUACUACCAUCGAAAAGGCAAAUAGCGGAAAAGGCAUUUUCGGGAACGUCCCUGGUAGCAGCAAACCCUUCGGAAGUCCCCCCAGCGGAAGUAACAUUUUUGGAACCCCCGCAAAUGCCACUAGUAAUCUUUUUGGUAAACCGUCCGGAGGAACCAACCUCUUUAACAAAAGCGCUGCUGCUAGCAACGCGAACCAGUUCGGCAACGCGAACAGCAUUUUUGGGAAGCCCCUCGUGGGUAGCAACAUUUUCGGUGUGAGCAACUCCGUGAAUAACGAGGGUGCCAAUAUUCCUGCUGUUGGCAGUGUCAACGGAGGGAGCACCCCCGACAGUAGGUACAACCCACCUGGUGAAAGCCUCCUGAAUACAAGCAACAAGUUAUUAAGUGACUGUCCCACCAGCACGAACAGUGUGACCCGUCCGUAUAGCAGCACAAACCGCUUUGGCCUCCCAAGCAGCGUCGGAAGUGUUGUCACCGCUCCGUCCCAAGGGUACCUCCCUAAAGUCACAAGAGGGGUGCAAAACAACAGUGACGUCAACGAAAGAGUUAUGAAGUUUAGGAACACCCUGUCGAGUAUUAAGAGUAAGAGGUCUGGAGAUGCGAACGAACAGAUCACACCGAGCAGUGGGGAUAAGGAAGCUCAAGUGGAUCAAACGGGUGAGGGGGAUAUCCCCGCUAUGGGUGAACAACCCCCUGGAGAGGAUUCACGUGGGGUGGAAAAGAAUCACGCAGAGAAGCAAUCAGAACAAUUGCAGCGCCAGAAUCUGGAUCAAGGAGGUAGUAAUAAAGACGUGGUUGCUGAGUCAACAUGUGAUAACCACAGCGGCGAAUCAGCCAAAGGAAGUCACGACAAUGAUAAGGAGGAAGGCACAAAUAUCCGAAAAACUUUUUCAAGUUAUUUUAACACGUUCAUUCCGUCGAUAUUUUCAAGCCCUAAUAAGCAGGCCCCAAAAGAUGAGUACCCCAAGGGGGAUACUUCAAAUGGGGAGGUGAAGAAAACCAACGUGGAGGUGAAUCAAAAUUCCCAUGUCAGUCCACUUGGUAACGAUACAUUGGAGGGGGACAACCUCGAUACAAAUCCUCUCUGUCGUGACAAGGAGGGAGAGAUGAAGACAUUCUUUAGUGCCACCCCUUUGAGGGACCCACCGGAUGGCGGCAACACGGUGACAAGCAAUCAGGACAGUGUUUUAUUAAAUGGUGAAAAAGUAAAUGAACCUCCACAUUUGGAUCCGUUCGUCACAUCUGAUAAACCAAAUAGUAGUAACCAUGAGACACCCAGUCACGUAAUAGGAGAACCUGAGCAGAUGCACAAGAAGAAGACGCCCGAAGGGAUAAAUCUCCCAUUGGGCGUUAAUCAAAACGGUAUAGUGAACCCACUCAGUGAUAAGAAUAAUAAAAUGGGCAGUUUAUUCCAUCAUGUGGGUAGUGUCCCAAGUAGUAGGACCCACCCAGAGAUGGAAGGCAAAAUGAACCCUACGGGGGGAAUUCCCUUUUCCAACGUAAAUGUUGGACGAAGUGCAGGUGAGGUAACCCCGCCCACCUUGGACGAGAAAUCGAGUAGGAGCUACCCCUUGGGUAGUGCCGAUGAACCCCGGGACAUCUUUCAGAAGGACCCAAGUCACAACGACCUGAUCGAAGUGGCCAAUGCAGACAGCAUAGAAAGUAAAGAGGACCUCGAAAAAAUGAACCAAAUAUAUAAAAACAUAAAUUGCAUAAACAAAAAUAUUAACUAUAUUAACAAGUACGUUCCGUCUACCAUCGAAGAUGUGGACAAUUAUUUGCAGGCGAAUAUCACCUCGGUGCAAAAUUACGACGCCUUGUCUGAUGCAAACCGGACGUGUCUAGAAAAACUGAACGCACAGAGUAGUUCCGCACAGUCUAAUAAGGAAUUGAAAAAUAUGAUAAACGUUUUGAAUAAGCAAGUUAGUAGAGUUGAUGGAUCCUCUACGGGGGAAGACAACAGGUCAGUACCAACUGGCAAGGUGAAGGGAUCACUCUUUUGUAAUCCCUUUAAUAGGGGUAACCAGGUGGAUGUGACACAUAACACGAAAGGAGGAGUGAUGGCUUCCGCGCCAGACGGAGGAACUUCCAAGUGUUACCCCAUUUUUAACGCCACAGGGAAACACACCCCUGGUGGCAAUUUUGUAAACACGAAUAAGCUGACCCCCGGAGAAAAAUUAAAAUUAAUAAAUGAAACUUCGAAAGAAAUUGCAUCAAAUGAAGAAUCCGAUGCGGAGGAGAAAAUACCUGAACAUGUUCAGAAAAUUAUGGAAAGAAGAGAAUAUUUUAAAACGAAAAAUAAGUUAACAAAUAGUGGUUCAAAUAAAAGCAUCGGAAUGAAGAAAAUUAAACCGUUUGUCCCAUCAGAGUGUAGUGAAUCUUUUAGAAAUACUUUUUACACAAAUGAAAAUAGCAAAAAUAAGAAUAAUGUUUUUUCGCUACAAAAUUUAAGCAAUAUGAAUAUAUUAAGCCCCAACAAGGGGAAUACUAUCGGUGCUGCCGCUGGAGGUAGUUAUCCAAAAGUGGAUGAUCGCAGCGCCAUUUUUAAGGACUCCCCAGUGGAGCAGCAAAACAGGAACGAAAAGCACACACUUAGCAGCUGUGAGAAUUUUUUUACACAUAAAAAUAAGCCACCUUCGUCGAGUAACACCGUGAUGGAUUUCACCUUUUCGAGUGAAAAUGCACAGGAUGGUUAUAACCCCUUCACGCCGACCAAAAGUUUUAACAGUGCAGUUAAUUCGGGCGAAGUAACCAGCAGGAUGAAUGGCGUUGAUCGAGGAGACGAGUUGAAACCAUCAGGAGAAUCUCUCAUCAGGAUGGAAGAAGAGCUAAACAGACAAACCGAUUUUAUUUCGAAUAUCUACACAAGUUUAGGGAAAAAUAAUUUUAUUUACGAUAACAGUGGGGGGAUGGACACCUCGGUUGAUAAGCAGACCGGUGACCACACCAACACGGAUGAUGCCCCAUUCAGGAAGAGAAGCCUGGACAGCAUCAGCCGCGUCCACGACGAGAAUGAUGACCUACGUGAGGAUGAAUCAAACACGUUCGAUAACGUCGAAAAGGGAAAUGACGACGAUCCCACGUGUGCACAGAAGAAAAAAAGAAAAUUUUCUCCCAAUGGAAUGAACGCAGAACUGGUUCCAAAGGAAAACAGAUGCAUUGACAUAUCCAACUGUGUUAAAGAAAUUAGGGACUCCACGACCUUGGCGGACAUUUCGACCAACUUGAGCAAGUACACCGUGGAAAGCGAACGAAUUUUGUGUGACAUAAUUAACGACACUUUUAAGAUGUCGCUGAAGAUUUCUUCGCUGAGCGAUUUACCCUUUCUGUUCGAGGACUUUCCCUGA